AUGGCAACCGCCGCCGGCAAUAUGCGCGCCGCCUCGACCCGCGCGCCGCCGAGCAUACGCACGCCGUCGCUCGACCCGCGCGCCGCCGGCAGACGCACGCCGCCGGCCGUACGAGCGCCGCCACUCGACCCCGCGCGCGCCAGCUUAUCUGCCAUAGCCAUUGUGUCUCCAACCCCACCCUCCCCACACUCGUCCUUCCCCUUCCCAACCUCCGCCCACCUCCUUCCCUCCGGCGGCUGGCCGCACCUCCUCCCCCCGGCGGCUGGCUGCGUCCCUGCGCCGCCUCCUCUCGCGUGGCAGCACCGCUUCUCUAUCCAAAUCCUGACUCCUCCCUCAAAAAAAUCUUCUCCAUCCCCGUGUCCCCCUUUCUUCCUCUCUCCCUCACCUGGCUCCUACCCUUCCCACCGAUGCAAGACUACCCCUGCCUCACAGAGCGCGGGGAUAAAUCAAGGCGGCGUGCGGGUCGGAGAGAGGGAAGGAGGCGGGCGGGAGCAUGGUUGUGGAGGCGGCGCGGCGACCGGAGAGGUCGGCUGGCGCCCGCCCUCGUCCUCCAUCCGGCACAGCUACGACGUUCCUGCACGGCACCCGUUCCCCCACACCACCGCACGCACCAACUACCCCGCGAAAUCAGCAGCUCAUCCCCGCAGUGUAAGGCAAAAAAAUCCUGGACCGAAGACACCCCUACAUACAUCCCUCGCAAUUCCCCUCCUCUGUUCUCAGCCACGGUGGCGCUUGCCACUGCAUCCUCACCACCACUUAUUUCUGGACAUAGCGGCGGGUAAGCAGCAGCUGGACAAGUGGCGCUACAGCGGCGACCUGAUUUGGGUCACGGUGCACUGUGCGGGCUGAUACCUAAGAUUAACCAGAAUAGAUCGCCACAGGAGGCUCUGUGAUGAUCGUAUUUUCCUACAGAACAGUUUGUGUUUCCGAGUUUUUUUUAGAUAGCCGCUGUGUAGUUUGAUCCUCAGUCCUACAUUUUAUGUUUCAGAAAAUCUGACCGUGCCGUGUGUUAGUUGUCAUUUUAUGUAAAAAUUUUAUGUAAAAAAGCAUACCGUGACAUAUGAUGGUUGGCGUUCAAUAAAUCUGCCUUGCGUAGAUGAGCAAA